UGUAAUACUGAUGACUUUUUUACGUUUUGUUUGAAAAUUAAUCACAAGACAGGAGAAGUAAUAUUAUCCCAUGCUGGUCCGAAUGGUAUUUACAAUCAUGAAAAGAUUCAAUAUCGAUUUGGUAAAUCUGAAAUAGAUUUAUCAAGAAUAGAUUUUAUUUAUGUAAGUGCAGGAAAUCAAGAUGUUCCUAUUCGUAAUUUAAUGAUUAAUCAUGAGCCAAUGCCUGAGUUGCAUCCAUCAUUUGAUAAAGAUUUUAAAAUAGAUACUUCUACUGUUGCUACACAUAUUAAUGAUAGCACUCCUAAAUCAAAUAUAAAACGAGCAGCAUCUUCAUUUCAACUGCCAACAAAAACAGAAAAUGUGUCUGUUUUCAAAAGAAUAAAGAACGCUCUAUUUUGUUCUUCUAUAAACGUUAAUGCAUCGAUAUCCAAUUCACCAAGAUCUAAUCCACCAAUACCCAACUCAACGAUAUUACAGGCACCAUCAAAGGUUUCAUCAAAAUUACCUCCUUGUCGUGAUUCUGUGUAUUGUAUGAAUCAAAACUCGAAAGAUCAUAUUAACAACUAUUCCCAUCCUUGCCGUUUUAAUGAACUAUGUCGAAAUAAGGAUAGUGAACCUCAUCUUGUUCACGAACAUCAUAAUGUUCCUAAAUGCUCAGAAGAUGAAAAUUGUUUCCAACUAAUAGAUCCUGUACAUCGUGCACAGUAUCGUCAUACAAGUUUACCUGAUUAUCUUAUUCCAUGUCGUUAUCAAGACAAUUGCUAUGAAAAGUCCCCGAAUCAUCGAAAAAAAUACUUUCAUGGUGAAUCAUUACCUUCAAUUAAAAGUAAAUUCUUAAAACGACGUGCAGUUAUUGAUACAAAAAUAUCUGUUUGA